AUGGCUGGUGUUAAGAGGUCUCUCGGGUCGAUGCUCGGCCACGAGGAUACCUUGCUGCGACCAAACGGUAAUGGCCGUGCAAGAAACGUCCGUUAUGACCAUGGAAUUACCCACGAUAACCUCGACCCAAUGACACCAAGGUCGCAGUCCUUUAAGCUGAGCGACGCUCUCCAAUCACAACCUCAUUCUCAGGCGCAAUCUCAACCCAACUCCCGACCUGACUCUCGCGCCAAUUCCCAAUCAGCCGGUCCUCCAAAUACAGACCAAAGCGAUGGCCUUACACGGACACCCUCCCCAACCUUUCCUUCCUUGACAGGACAAGUCCCAGACUUUAAUCAAGAUGCGUCAAUGAUGCUUGUUGGUAUGAGAGGUGCCGGAAAGUCAACCCUCGCGGUUAUGGCAUCGUCGGCCAUGGAGAGAAAGGUCAUUGACCUUGAGCCUACUUUCCAAAGGGCCAUGGGCCUUUCCAGUGCACAGUACAAGGCGGAACAUGGAUCUGCUGAGUGUUAUAAACAACAGGCCAAAGUUUUGCAGGGCGCUCUGCAGCGUCAUUCUACCGGCUGCAUCCUCGUCUGCUCUUGGAUGGAGAGUCGCGUGCAAAGCCUGUUGCGAGAAUUUGCGUCUACCCACCCUGUUGUUCACAUUGUUCGCGAUGCCGAAGCGAUCCAGAACCACCUCAAGUUUCGUGACAAUGCCAAGAUACGAAAUCUCCUCGACGUCAGCAAUGCCAUCUUUAGGUCUUGCACCAAUUUCGAGUUCUUUAAUGUCUCUGAAAAAGCAUCCAAGUCGUCGCUUGCUCGAGCAUCAAUGUCAGAGAGGUCUCCGGCUCCAUAUCUGACAUUGAAACAUGUCGAACGACACUUUCUCAAGUUCUUGUCAAUUAUUUACCCAGCAGGGACAAUACCAUUUACGGAUUCCGCGUUUCCGCUAUCGAGAAUCCCUGCUGAGGAGCGCAACUUUACAUACGCCACAUCGAUUCCUUUGACAGAUGUUCUUAAUGACAGCGUUGAAGUUGAGGAGCAUGUCAGGGGUGCCGAUGUGGUUCAAAUUGUGGUGCACGAUCUUGCCGACCAUGCCGAGCAGGGCACCUUGACACCUGAAGCCAGCGCAAGGCUGCUUGCUGAUAUCACAAAAGGUAUCGGGAUUGUCAGAAGAAGUACAAUUCUGCCUAUAAUCCUUCACCUGUUUCUCCCCCACACGGCGACUGAUGAAGUCUUGCGUGUAUAUCUCGAACUCGUCCACCAUACUGUUCGAUUGGCACCAGAAAUGAUGACGGUCGAUCUCCGCCUUGAGAAUGUACACAUCUCACGCAUACUAUCAAUCCGGAAAAGAACAAAAAUAAUCGGCAAUUGCUUCAUCAUAUCAGAUCCACCAGCCUGGGAUUCUCCAAUGUGGAUGUCUUGGUACAAAAAAGCCAGCAGUUUAGGAUGCCACAUUGCCAGAUUAAUACGGCCAGCGAUGUCAAUUGAGGAUAACUUUUCCAUCAACCACCUCAAGACAUCAGUCGCCGCUCUACAAGGGCCAAAGAUUCCCCUCAUUGCCUACAAUUCGGGGUACCUGGGUCGCCACUCCCAAACCCUCAAUCGUGUUCUGACGGUUGUUCGGCCGGACUCGCUUGAACGAGUAAACCCUAAGCCGCCAAUCACGCCAACCAUUACCGCAGUAGGAGCGACAAAAGCCUUGUUUUCCUCAUUCGUCUACGACCAAAUGAAGCUCUAUGUUUUCGGUGCCAAUGUCAGUUACAGUUUGUCGCCUGCGAUGCAUACAUCCGCACUCAAGGCAUGCGGGCUCCCACAUACCUACGAACCUGUAUCUUGCUCGUCGCUGCGAGGGAUCAAACAUUUAAUUGAAGAUCCAGAGUUUGGUGGCGGCUCCGUCGGACUCCCUUUCAAGGUCGAGAUCAUCACCUUGACCCAUUCAUUGAGCAACCAUGCCAGAGCAAUUGGUGCCGUGAACACACUCAUUCCUAUCCGCUUUUUGAACGAAGACGGCACAAUCCCAACAGGCGCUGCCUUUUUCGAGAGCGUUAACCGCGCUGGCCCUAUCAAAGCCUUGUAUGGUGAAAAUACCGAUUGGAUUGGCAUUCGCGCCACUAUUCGACGUGGUCUCUCUCCUGCCAACGCUGUUGUAUCCAGUACCUGCGGUCUUGUCGUCGGAGCAGGCGGUAUGGCCAGAGCUACAGUCUAUGCCAUGCUCCAGCUUGGUAUCAAGAAUAUUGUUAUAUAUAAUCGCACACGCAAGAACGCCGAAAAGAUGGUGUCGCAUUUCACACAGCUAUUACAGAGGAAGGACUUGGGUGUGUUGAGUGCCGAGAGUGAACACUCGCGCUUCCAUGUCAUCGAGUCAAUGGAAGAUCCUUGGCCAACAGAUUACCGCUUGCCUACAGUUAUCGUUUCGUGUAUUCCAACGCAUCGCAUUGGUAACGUUCCUGCCCCUGAACUUGCAUUGCCUAAUGAAUGGCUUGGAAGUCGCACUGGUGGUGUCGCUAUUGAGCUUGGGUACAAAACAUUGGACACACCGUUCCUCACUCAAUUCCGAAAAGAAGCUCACCGAGGUUGGGUCAGUAUGGACGGUCUUGAUAUGUUGCCCGAGCAAGGUUUUGCCCAAUUUGAGUUAUUUACUGGUCGAAGAGCACCAAGACGGAUUAUGAGACGGACAGUGUUUGAGGCGUACCCAGAUGAAGAGGGCAAGUCAAAUUUUGAAGAACUGCAACCAAGGUUACGGUCACUUGACGAGCAGGAAACAUGA